CCUAUCAGGUUUUAACAUCAGAAUACAUGCCAAGCCAAGAAAAAGGGAGUAUAAAGCAUCAGAAUCAUGCUUCAUUUUUGACUCUCAAAUUAAGUGGGCGGGCUUGUCAAGACUGUCAUGUAGAUUCUGCCUGUGGGUUAGAGAAAGGGGUAGGUCACUAGCUGAAAGCUCUUAAAUAUUUGACGGAAACACAGAUCACACAUCAUAGAGAAGCAGAGGCAGACCUUGAGUGAGCAUACUUCACUCUGGAACAAAGCUACUGGGGCUUCCCUAUUGAUGUUUGCCACAACAGACGCCAUGAAUGAUGACUACGAGGCAGAUCCCUGGCUCUCCAACAAUUCCAGUGAUAACAGCCAGGAGCACAAAUACUUCCUAAAGUUCAAGGAGAUCUUUCUGCCCUGCAUGUACCUGAUGGUGUUUGUCUUUGGACUAGUAGGGAACUCCCUGGUUCUGAUUAUAUACAUUUUCUACCAGAAACUGAGGAGUCUGACAGAUGUGUUCCUGGUGAACUUGCCCCUGGCUGACCUGGUAUUUGUCUGUACUCUGCCCUUUUGGGCCUAUGCAGGCACCUAUGAGUGGGUCUUUGGCACAGUCAUGUGCAAAACUCUUCGAGGCAUGUAUACAGUAAACUUCUACGUGUCCAUGCUCACUCUUACCUGCAUCACGGUGGAUCGUUUCAUUGUGGUGGUCCAGGCUACUAAGGUCUUUAACCAGCAGGCUAAGUGGAAGAUGUGGGGCCAGGUCACUUGCUUGCUCAUUUGGGUGGUCUCCCUGUUGGUCUCUUUGCCACAGAUCAUCUAUGGUAAUGUUGAACGUUUUGAUAAGCUUAUCUGUCAGUACCACAAUGAGGCGAUUUCUACUGUGGUUCUUGCCACGCAGAUGACUCUGGGGUUCUUCUUGCCACUGCUCACUAUGAUUAUGUGCUACUCAGGCAUUAUCAAGACCUUGCUUCAUGCUCGAGGCUUCCAGAAGCACAAAUCUCUAAAGAUCAUCUUCGUUGUAGUGGCCGUGUUCCUGCUGACCCAGACACCCUUCAACCUUGCCAUGUUAAUCCAGAGCACAAGCUGGGAGCACUAUAUUAUCACCAGCUUUCAGUACGCUAUCCUAGUGACAGAGGCUAUAGCAUACUUUCGGGCUUGCCUCAAUCCUGUGCUCUACGCCUUUGUUGGCUUAAAGUUCCGGAAGAACCUCUGGAAAUUUGCGAAGGACAUUGGCUGCCUCCCUUACUUGGGAGUCUCAAGUCAGUGGAAAUCUUCUGAGGACAGUUCCAAGACUUGUUCUGCCUCCCACAAUGUAGAGACCACCAGCAUGUUCCAAUUGCAGUAGGCCUGGCCAGACUUGGAGAAACUAGCAUCAGAAUUCUUAGGAGCAUGGCUAUGUCCUUUGGAUGCAACAAGAAAGGCGUUGCUUAUAGUAUUCGGACUCUUGUGGAGAAGUCACUGAAAACUGUGGCUGGUAUACAAAGCUUCUCAGAUAUAAACAUAUCCUGUUCCUAAUAUCUAAGCCUCAAUGUUCAAAGGAGAAAUGUCUUAUUAUUUUUUAAGCACUUUCUCUCUUCCAUCCCUAAGAAUGCUAAUUCUAGAGACCUCAGGUUCUCUUUUACCAAGUUUGGGGCUAAAAGUUGAAGAGGAGUUGCAUCAACAAAGCUGUUGAUGGCAGGUGUCAUGCAAGGUUCCUGAGCUCAGAAGAUUCUUCUAUGGGCAAGCAGUGGAGAACACAAGUGCUGGUCACCGGGCACCUAAUAGGAUGAGACCAAGCUCUGAUUCAUCCAGGGGUUUGACUUUUGUAUUGGUGGAAUGCUUAUAUUUUCUUGGGUUAUUUUUUGAAAGUACAGCAUAAGAGACUGAAAUUAGGCCAGGAUAAAUAGCUGAAUUUCAGUGGUUCAUAUAAUGCUAGAAAAAUGUGUAAAAAGGAGCUUAAGACUAUAACAAAUCUAAGCAGCAUUAUUAGAGGGACUCUGGUGGCUUUGCUCAUCUUAAAACAAAAACAAAAAUAAAAACAGAACUUUCCAAUGCCUGCCACACAUAAUAAAUAUGUACACACAAAUAUAUCAAAUAUUAU